CCCGUCAAUAUAAAACCCCUGUUAGUGCUCUGCUUCUUCCACGACUUUCACUUGCGUGUAUCGUUUGUGUUAAGGAGCUUUUUUUGUUUUGUUUUGCUGCUCGAGUUUUGUCAAAUCUUCUAGAAAGCGGAGGGGAAGGAGGUUAUAACUUUCUUUCAGUUUUUCUGUUCAGGAGUGGCAUACUAUUAUUGGUUUUGUUCUUCUGUGAUAAGGAGCUCACAGCUUGCAUCAAUUGAAUUGUUGUUUUGUUGGAUUCAGAGAGGGGGGAUUUGGGAAAUUUGAGGAUUUACUUCGUUCCGACUGUUAAGGAUGGUGAGCGCAAUGCUUAGCCGCGUUGUGAGCAUGCGCGAGCGUGUUGAGGACACGCUGAACGAGCACCGAAAUGAAAUUGUACAUCUGCUCUCACGAUAUGUGGCUCAAGGAAAGAAGAUCUUGCAGCCUCAUCACCUGCUGGAUGGGCUGGCUGAAGUUAAAGGAGAAAGCGAUGAACACAAAAAGCUUAAAGAUGGAGUGUUUGGAGAUAUGAUAAGGGCCACACAGGAAGCCAUCGUUAUUCCCCCAUGGGUUGCCUUGGCGGUACGACCAAGGCCCGGCAUUUGGGAGUACGUUCGUGUCAAUGUUGAUGAACUUGUGGUUGAACAGCUUUCCGUGUCUGAAUAUUUGGAAUUCAAGGAAAACCUUGUGAAUGGAAGAGUCAAGGACAACUAUGUGUUGGAGCUAGAUUUGGAGCCCUUCAAUGCAUCCUUUCCUCGCCCAACACGUCCAUCUUCUAUUGGAAGUGGAGUUCAAUUUUUGAACCGGCACUUAUCCUCAAGACUAUUCCGUGAUAAAGAAAGCAUGCAGCCAUUGCUGGAUUUCCUUAGACAACAUAACUACCGGGGACAGGCGCUCAUGCUGAAUGAAAGGAUACAGAACUUGCCAAAGCUACGUGCUUCCUUGGUAAAGGCCGAGGAACAUCUUAACAAGCUCCCUAAGGAUACACCAUAUGCAGAGUUUGAGCACAAAUUUCAAGAAAUGGGGUUGGAAAAAGGAUGGGGGGACAAUGCAGAACGUGUCUUGGAUAUGAUUCAUUUACUUUUGGAGAAUCUUCAGGCACCUGAUCCAACGACCUUAGAAAAGUUUCUAGGCAGAAUUCCAAUGGUCUUUAAUGUUGUGAUCCUUUCACCCCAUGGGUAUUUUGGUCAAGCAGGAGUUCUGGGAAUGCCAGACACUGGUGGACAGAUUGUAUAUAUCCUUGAUCAAGUUCGUGCCUUGGAGAAUGAAAUGUUACUGAGAAUUAAACAGCAAGGGUUGAACAUCACACCUCAGAUUCUUGUGGUGACUCGUCUGAUUCCGGAAGCUCAUGGGACUACAUGCAACCAGCGAAUUGAAAAAAUUAGCGGAUCACAACAUUCACUGAUACUCAGAGUGCCCUUCAGAACUGAGAAGGGAGUUUUGCGUCAAUGGGUAUCUCGAUUUGAUGUGUGGCCUUACCUAGAAACAUAUGCAGAGGAUGCAUAUAAUGAAAUAACUUCAGAGCUACAUGGUCCACCUGAUCUGAUUAUUGGAAACUACAGUGAUGGAAAUUUAGUGGCAUCUUUGAUUGCACAUAAACAAGGAAUUACUCAGUGCAAUAUUGCUCAUGCUUUGGAGAAGACCAAAUACCCAGAUUCUGACAUAUAUUGGAAAAACUUUGAAGAGAAGUAUCAUUUCUCCUGUCAGUUCACUGCCGAUCUGAUUGCAAUGAAUCAUGCAGAUUUCAUAAUCACAAGCACGUACCAAGAGAUUGCAGGAAGCAAGGACACUGUUGGACAAUAUGAAAGCCACACUGCUUUCACUCUUCCUGGUCUCUACCGUGUAGUUCAUGGAAUUGAUGUUUUUGAUCCUAAAUUUAACAUUGUUUCUCCUGGAGCAGACAUGCACAUUUAUUUCCCAUACACAGACAAGCAGCACCGGCUUACAGCUUUGCAUGGCUCCAUUGAAGAACUCAUAUUCAGUCCUGAACAGACAGCAGAGCAUGUAGGUGUAUUGAGCGACCGGAACAAACCUAUUAUCUUCUCUAUGGCAAGACUUGAUCGGGUGAAAAACAUGACUGGAUUGGUUGAAUGGUUUGCCAAGAACAGUCGUUUGAGAGAGCUGGUCAAUCUUGUUGUUGUUGCAGGUGAUGUCGACUCAUCAAAGUCAAGAGAUAGAGAAGAAAUAGCUGAAAUUGAGAAAAUGCACGUGCUUAUGAAAGAGUAUAACUUGAGUGGGCAGUUUCGGUGGAUAUGUGCGCAAAAGAAUAGAGUUCGCAAUGGUGAGCUGUAUCGCUAUAUUUGUGACACAAAGGGUGCCUUUGUACAGCCUGCACUCUAUGAAGCUUUUGGACUGACUGUUGUUGAGGCCAUGACAUGUGGUCUUCCAACAUUUGCUACAAGCAAUGGAGGCCCUGCUGAGAUAAUUGUUGAUGGAGUCUCUGGAUUCCACAUUGAUCCAUAUCACGGGGAAUCGUCAAGUGACAAGAUUGCUGACUUCUUUGAGAGGUGCAAGACAGAUCCCAGUCAAUGGGAUGCAAUCUCUGAUGCAGGUCUAAAGCGCAUCUAUGAAAGAUAUACAUGGCAAAUUUAUGCUGAUAAAUUGAUGACUCUGGCUGGGGUUUACGGGUUUUGGAAGUAUGUAUCCAAGCUUGAAAGAAGAGAGACCCGGCGCUAUUUGGAGAUGUUUUACAUCCUCAAGUACCGUGACCUGGUCAAGACGGUGCCAUUGGCCAUUGAUGCUGCUGUUGAUGAGGUUGAAGACAAGACUGCAACUGGAGCUUCUGCUUAGGCUAAUAGCCACUGACUGGCUGAAGCAACGGCUACUACCAUUGGCAAAUAAUUGAGUGCUACAACGAUGAUGUAUUCACGUUGGAUCAUUUAUAAUUUGAUAUAUAUGUAUGAGAGAUUGAUUUCUGUUUUACCAUAUUUUCUUCAAUGUAAGUUUUUUCCUUCCAGGAGGAAGGCAUUUUAUUAUGAUGUAGGAAAUGAGCUACUACUGAAUCAGGCCUGUCAAGGUGCCUUGCACACCAUGAUUUUAAAUAAAAAAUCAGCAUUUUGUUUGGUGCA